AUGCUCCCAUUCGGUGCCGCGCUUUGGGUUGCAGCUGCAGUGGUCGGAGCACUGCGAGCAGGUGGAUUUGCGUUCGUACAGGAGGGUCUGAUGGGGUCUGAUGGGGGAGUUUGCAGUGCUCCUCCUCCAGUCCAGGACCAGUUGCCAGAAAAUAAAAUGCAGGGCGGUGGCUGGGGGCGCAGCGGAAACGACAGCACACAACAGGCAGAAGAGUACAGGCGAGACAGUGCAGAUGGGGAGGGACAUUGA